ACUAACUUUAUAGAAUUGUGUGGUUCAUGAUUUCAUCUCACUCUUCUCAGUCUUGAAUAUGAAAAUUAUACAUUUUAAUUUUAAAUGAUUUGAUCUAGAUCUAUAGAUUACAUAAGUCAUGAUAAGUGGUUAGAGCUCUAAUUAUGUUAGCAGAACAUUUAAAGUUUAAUAUAAAAUCUAGAUCCAUGGUUUUAUGGAUAGCUGUUUUAAUCACAGCAGUUGUUCAAAUUAAUCAUAUUAAUGGACAAAUUAGAGAUCACGGAGCUGGCGGAAAAGAUGAAAAUAAUAAACAAAAACAAUCAAUUUAAUGAUGGUGGAAAGCCCAACUUCGUAAUAUUGCUAAUGGAUGAUAUGGGUUGGGGUGAUCUUGGUGUUUUUGGUGAACCUAACAAAGAAACCCCAAAUUUAGAUCAGAUGGCAGCAGAAGGAAUGCUUUUUCCAGAUUUUUAUUCAGCCAAUCCUUUGUGCUCUCCUUCCAGGGCAGCUUUGUUGAGUGGACGUCUUCCCAUUAGAAAUGGCUUCUACACAAACAAUAUGCCAGGAAGAAAUGCCUACACUCCACAAAACAUUGUCGGAGGAAUUCCAGAUUAUGAAAUUCUUCUGCCAGAGCUACUACAACAAAAUGGCUAUCGCAAUAAAAUUAUUGGAAAAUGGCAUUUAGGUCAUCAGCCUCAUUAUCAUCCACUAAAGCAUGGAUUUGAUGAAUGGUUUGGUUCACCUAAUUGCCAUUUUGGUCCCUAUGAUGACAAGACCACCCCUAAUAUACCCAUUUACCGGGACGCUUACAUGAUUGGCAGAUAUUUUGAAGAUUUUGUCAUUGAUAUAAAAACAGGUGAAUCAAAUCUAACACAAAUGUAUAUUAAGGAAGCUACUGAUUUUAUUGAAAAACAAUCCAAAACUGGCCAGCCAUUUUUCUUAUACUGGGCUGUUGAUGCUACACAUGAGCCUCUGUAUGCAUCAUCUUCAUUUUUAGGUACCUCAAGGAGAGGAUUAUAUGGAGAUGCUGUCAGAGAGCUAGACUAUGGAGUGGGACAGAUAUUGAUGGCACUGUGGACUUUUGGUAUUGCCAAAAAUACUUUUGUGUUCUUUAGUUCUGACAACGGAGCUGCCACAUAUGCUAAAACACAAGGUGGCAGCAAUGGACCUUUUCUGUGCGGCAAAGAGACUACCUUUGAAGGUGGUAUGAGGGAGCCAUCUGUUGCCUGGUGGCCAGGCAUAGUUAGUAGUGGGCAGAUUUCUUUCCAGACUGGUUCAUUGAUGGAUUUGUUUAGUACUUUAUUGGAUCUAAGCAACAUUUCUCUUCCCGCUGAUAGGCCCAUAGAUGGCAUUAGUCUUAAAGAUGUUUUAUUAAAUGGGAAAACUAUUGAAAGACCUAUAUUUUAUUACCGUGGAGAUCUCCUGAUGGCUGUCAGAGUGGGACAAUAUAAGGCUCACUUGUGGACUUGGUCAAAUAGUUGGAGUGAGUUUAAAAAUGGUUCAGGGGUAGAUUUUUGUCCAGGUGAAAAUGUUGUGGAAGUUACUACCCAUGAUCAGAAAAAUCAUACAUUACAGCCCCUACUGUUUGACCUUGGAGCAGACCCAGGAGAGAAAUAUGUUAUCAAACCCACAAGUCCAGUUUAUCAGAAGCACAUGCCAUCUAUUAUAAGUAUUGUGAAAGAACAUUUGGCCAAUCUAGUCCCUGGAGUCCCACAGUUAAACCUGUGUGAUGAUGCAGUAAUGAACUGGGCUCCACCUGGAUGUGAGAAACUUGGACGCUGCCUUCCGAUUCCAAAGUCUAAUCCUUCAAAGUGUGAUUGGCCGCACUAAAUUUUCUUUAUGUUGAAUUUUAUAGUGGAACCCUCUAAAUGGCAAACUGCAUAUUUGCAUAAUGUCUUUAAAUGCAUAAAAUAAAAUAUUCUCAAUCCUAGCAUAUAGUAAACUGUUCAGUUAAUUGCGUACUGGUUGACAGGUUCAUUGCAAAUUGGUCAAUUAAAAUUGUCUUUUGACAUUCACAUUAAAUUCCUAAACUAAUUUUUGACAUCAAAUCAUUGAAGUACCAAUAAAAACUUAACAUUUGAUUACUUGUUCAGUUUACUAUUAGGAUUUUAUUUUAUUAUAACAUGAAUAGUAGGAUUACACAUAAAAAGUUUUGUAUUAUGAUCCCAUUAGCAAAGCUUUUAAGAUUUUUUGUCAAACUAAAUUGCAAAAAUGAUAAGGUACAUUUAUGUAAAUAAUUGGUUAUAGUUUUUAUGGUUAUUGUUCUUAUUUGAUUGUAUAUUGGACUUUUGUAAAAAAAAAUGUUAAUGUGUUCUAAGAUUUCUGUUGACAUAGCAUGUUUAAUAAAAAAAAAAAAAUAAUUCACAAUAAUUUUUUAAAUUAAUUUUUUUAAUUCACUUGAAAUUGAAAUAUGUCUAUUAUUAAAAAUUAUGUGUAAAU